AUGAACUUGUCAAUGCGGGCUAUUGUCUUACUCAUGGCCAUAGGUGUUGUCUCCUCCCAGGUCAUCUCGCCGUCCCAUACCUACAAUGUAACCGCACCUGAACCCAAUGCACCUUAUGUAGCUGGCCAAGUCCUACCUGUUCGCUAUACACUUGUGGACGAUAUAAAACUACCAAACCUUCUCUCGCUGUCCAUCUAUUUUACCACCAUCGACCCAAGCAUGAACUUCACAGACACAGUCAUUACAUCCAAUGCAGACAUCUCCCAAGGAUUUAGCUUUAGACGUACUCAGAACACCAUGGUCUACUAUGAGCACGAGUUAUCCUAUGCAAUACCCAACACUACUCGUGCUGGUAGCUAUCAAGUUAUUUUUGUAGACUCUGUUUCUCGUACAAAUACUUCUGUACCCAUUGUAGUCCGUCCUUAUGCCCCACCCACCCUUCCAUCUUCAACAGCAGCAGGCAAUGCCAAUAAGGCCGGACCAUCGAGUAUCUUUGCCAUUCACGCCAAUUCUUCUUCAAGAAAACAGCCAGAGCUAUUUGCAUUGGUUGCCCUGAUCCUACUCCUCUGUGCAUUCCUUUAA